GUUAGGGUUGGGGGAAAGCGGAGGGCUCGUGAUUGCCGGGGAGCUCGAUCGCUCCAAUUGCCUCGCGAAUUGGAUGGAUGACUCACAAUGACGCCGAUCCAGUCGGGAGCGCGAUGAAGAGCUGGCUGCAAGGAAUCCGAGAAGACCAGCGCGACAAGCUCGUUAGCGCGCUCGCUGGCGCCGGCGCGGGCGCAAUCUCUGCGACGUUUGUGUGUCCUUUGGAUGUCGUGAAAACUCGCCUUCAAGUACACAAAGCUCCUGUUCCCGAUCAAGCCGUCGCGAAGGGUGGUGGGGUGAUUGUCCGCAGCUUGGCCGUGAUCUUCCAGAAUGAAGGAGUUGCGGGUAUGUACCGCGGUCUCUCCCCGACCAUCUUCGCAUUGCUGCCAAACUGGGCGGUUUAUUUCACAGCCUACGAGCAGAUGAAAGGGUAUCUAGAGCGCAGAGGUGACUUCUUUUCCAUUUUUCUUUCUCCACAAGCUUACUCUCGUGACUUCAUUUCAGAUGGCUCUCCCGAUAAGAAAUUGUCUCCUGGCGAACACAUGAUAGCUGCUGUAGUUGCCGGAUCGGCAACGAAUAUUGCUACAAAUCCUCUUUGGGUUGUCAAGACGCGUCUCCAGACUCAGCAAGUGAAGUCCGGGAUCGCUCCGUAUGUCGGAACACUCUCUUCCCUCGUCCGGAUUGGAAGAGAGGAAGGACUUCGUGGACUGUACAGUGGAUUGGUUCCAGCUCUAGUUGGGGUGAGCCACGUAGCUGUUCAGUUUCCCGUUUACGAGCAUCUUAAAGAGCGUCUCGCUGACAGUGGCACAUUUGGUGUUAUUGGAGCGUCGGCAGCGUCGAAGAUGAUUGCUUCGACUGUAACAUAUCCUCACGAGGUUGUGAGAUCCAGGCUACAAGAGCAGGGAAGCUCCGCCAAUCCAAGAUACAAUGGCGUGGUCGACUGCGUGCAAAAGAUCUGGAAGCAAGAAGGGAUUCGAGGCUACUAUCGCGGCUGUGCGACCAACUUGAUGAGAACAACCCCGGCGGCGGUCAUCACAUUCACUAGUUUCGAGUACAUAAAGAAGAGGCUACUGGAGAUUAGUUCCCCGGGCUACUCGGCUCCAGGCCCUUCCGAAGACUCCAAGGCCAAACGGACCCCGGAGCACAAUGACUCGUCCAAAUUCAGUACGUUUCCCCGGCCACAGAAGGAUUCAUCGGGCUGCAUCGCUUCGUGAAAGCUUUUGCUUUGCAGUUCCUCCGUGUAGAUAUAUUCUUCGCCGCCAAGCAAUAAAACUCUGGGUUCCCGGCCAA